AGCGCGUUGAGUGCAAUAGAUACGAUUUGUAGACUUACCUGAGAGAUGAAGGACUCUCCGGGGACGAUGGAGUUGGCAGGUGCAGUGAUGAAGAUUCACACCCAUCAAAGGCCACCUAUUUUAAGGUCAACAUUCAAGGGGCUCCUCUUACUUUCUGUGAUACUGAUUUCAAUCAGCUACCUGUCUGUAUACAAAGACCAUUUUUCAGAUUAUCUGCAGAGCAACACGUCUUUGAAACAAACAAACCCGAUUUAUAGAGCCCCUCUUCCUCUGGAGCAUCCAAAUCGAACCUUCCUCCAGCACCACAUAGCUUUUCCGAGGAACUACCAUUUCAUCCUGGAUGACACAGACGUGUGUAGGUCCAACACUCCUUUCCUGGUUCUCGUUGUUCCGGUGGCCCCCAGAAACAGGAAAGCUCGGGAUGCUAUUCGGAAAACGUGGGGCACUGAGACCCUUGUUCAGGGCGAGCUGAUCCAGACUGUCUUCCUCCUGGGUCUCCCCAGUAGAGGAAACAUCACAGAGCAGCAGGAGCACGUCAGCAUGGAGAACCUUCAGUACCACGACCUGAUCCAGAGCGACUUCAUAGACAGUUACAUCAAUCUGACUAUAAAGACCAUGGUGAUUAUGGACUGGCUGGCCACGCGGUGCUCAAAGGUGUCCUAUGCCAUGAAGAUUGACUCAGAUAUGUUCCUUAAUGUGGAGAAUCUGGUGAGCAUGCUAAAGUCACCAGGCAUCCCCAAGGAGUUAUACCUGACAGGAAUGCUGAUGUGGAAUAGGCCCGUUGUUCGCGAUCGUUCCUCUAAAUGGUUUGUUCCUAUGGAGAUGUACCCUGACCCUCAAUAUCCAACCUACACCCUUGGCAUGGGCUACCUCUUCUCCAUUGAUCUGGCAAGCACGUUUGUGGAGGUCUCCAAAAGCAUUGAACCCUUCAAUAUUGAAGAUGCCUACAUUGGAAUGUGUAUGAAAAAGUUAGGACUCAGUCCCACUCAGCCCCCACAUCCAGACCAAUUUAGAGCUUACCUCGGUAAAUACAAUCGCUGUACCUUCUCUAAGAUCAUCACGUACAUUCUCGGCUCUUCUGAACAGCUGGUGACUUUCUGGACAGACUUAAAAAAGCCUGGCCCACCAUGUUAGCCCUUUUACAUACACUGGAAAAAGUCUUCUGUUGAACCAAGUAAAAAAAAUAUGGGUAAUGGUUCACAUCUAUAUUACAUAACUUGAGCCAAUGACAAAUAUAUAGCUUGCCUCAAACAAUAUUUCCUAUGUUCAUAAAAACAAAAUAAUACAACUUGGCACCAAGUAUAAUUCUAUUCUUUGAAUGAAGUUAAUACAUUUAAAUCGUAUGUUAAAUCCUAAACAAAAAAAUAUUGAUUCACUCCAACAAUUGGUUCUCAUUUAAGAAAUAUCUAUCAGAAAUAAUUUGGUUUAUCCAAUCAAAAAGAUGACAAUUUAAUCAAACAAUUGUUUCUCAUUAUUGUAUACAUCAUCAUCAUUUUUUCCCGCUCGGCUCUCGCCGCUUCAUGGCCUUGAGGCGCUUCUGUCUGGAUUCGACAUCACAUCGCGACAUCAGUCAGGGUUAGGUGCUUUGCCAAAGACACCUCGAUACACUGCUUGGUGAAGCCGGGGAUUGAACCAACAACCUUCAGAUUACCAGCCAACCCGCUCUACCACCUGAGCUACUGCCGCCAGUGGGUCAUCGUCACUCUGGUCAAGGGUAGUGCUUUCACCUCAAAAAGUCGCCAAAAGUCACCAAUAGCAGCUGAAAAAGAAGCUAGAUUUGUCGCUUGUCGCUGUUUUGAAAAAAAGUCGCCAAAGGGGUCUGAAAAGUAGCUAAAUAUAGCGACAAAAUCGCUAAGUUGGCAACACUGCGGUUUGGUCCAGUAGUCGUAAGCGUCUUUGUAUUUAAUGCGCAUGCGCAGGCUUGUACGUAACCUUGACAUUUUACAUUUGUCAAAAUAGAUAUUUCUUAAUUGAACUCCUAACUAAAAAUAUCUAUAUUUCACAGUAUUUUGAAGUAAAAAAAAGUUAUUUUAAAAAUAAAACAAAAAAUGUUUAUUUGAAUUGAAUUACAAAAUAAUAAUCAGAUGAAGUGCGGCAUAAAUCCCUUUUUCCAGUGUAUACUGUAUAUGCCCAUUUCAUGGAUAACAUGAAGUUGAAUUGACAAAGAAUUGCUUGAUAAUGUAACCCAUUUGUGUUAAUAUUAUUUUGGGAGUAUUUAUAUUGUUAUAUGUUGUUAUCGUUAUUGAAUUUCAUUAUUUUUUCAGUUGUGUUUUUAGUUGCUGACGAAUAUUGAAGCCCAAACUGAAUUCCUCAUCGCAGAUAUUGUGUGUGUCACCGUCUGUCUGAAGCAACCCAAAUAUAUUAAAUGUGUCUUAAACAAAUCUAUUCUAAUUUUAAAUUAGGCUAUAAUAUACAACUAAAUAGGCCAUACAAGUGUGAGUAUUGUUGGGUCAUCGAAUUAAGAGCAUCUACAGUUAAAACACACCUUCAAGUGUGGUGCAGUAGUCCAUCUUCGGAAUGGGUUACGUUGUCGGAACAUUGUAGUUCUAAUGGACGUGGCAGGCCCACAUCCAUAUCACCAACCCUCGCAUAAUGAUGUAGCCUAGUGUAAGUGCAGACGGAUUCUCUUAGCAUUAUAGGUUACUUUUCCUAAGUCCUUUCCUUGACCUCAUGACGUUUUUCAUCAAGGUGAGGAAAGGAGAUUAGGAAAUUACGUAGGACAUAAUAUUUUUUAGUAAAACUUUAUCCUGAGUCAAACUUUGAGUUUGUGUUAUAAGCACACUGCUAUGUCAAUUAUGAAUUAAUAACUCAUAUUUCCAUUAUUGAACUAUGUGUUUAUUGUGGUGGUUGUGGUUGGGCCAGACUCCCCAGUGGGUGGGACUGGAAAACCUUGAAAUAUAUAUAUUUUUAGUGGACUUCAAAGGUUUUCUUGUAAUAUACCUACUACUUUGUAUGUCAAUAAUGGUAUCCAUUGAGGCCUAUGCCAUCAGUGGAAGGAGUGUUUUUCUUGUCCUUUGGGGCGCUUCAGUUACAGAAUGUCAUACACAUAUUCCCUGAAAAGCCCCUUGAGACUAACCAUGAUUAAAAGCUUAAAAAUACAAUCGACUUAUUAUUAAUAAUUACUUAUUAUUGUUUACUUGACUUGACUCAUUUCCCCAGAAUGACUUUAUUUACAAGU